CCCUAAUAACAUACUAGAUAUGUCUUCCAACGUGUUUGAGACCAACGAGGGAGCUGAACAUGUCAACGAAGCCAAUCGUGUUGUACGAGAUGCUGAGUCCGACGACGAAGAGGAAGAAAUGGAAGAUGCCAUGGAUAUUGAACGUGAUGAACAGGUAGAUGCUUUGAUAGAAGGUUUUGGAAUUGACUCUGAUGAUGAAGACGAAGACGAUGGCGCUCUUUUUCUUUCCUCGUCUGAGGAUGAUUUCGGACUGGACGGCGAGCCAAUUGAAGAUGACUAUAAUGAAGACUAUAAUCUACGUGAUGCUUUGAGAAGCGCUGGGAACUUCAAAGUAAGGAAGAAGAAGUCUACGGCUAAAUCAUUUUACAGGCGUAAAGUAACUCAGAGUGAAAACAGGGAUUUGGAUCCGGAGGUUAGGCUGUAUAUGUCGCAGGCUAACGAAGCAUUUGCACACAACGACUAUCAAGUUGCUCGCAACCUCUACCUUGAAGUCGUCAGAUUAGAUAAAAAGAAUUACAACGCCUACAAGACAUUGGGAGAGAUUUCUCAACAUCAGGGCAAGUUGAAUCAAUGCUGUAGCUACUGGUUUAUUGCAGCUAACUUGCGGCCCUGGGAUAGUAAAUUCUGGGGCGAUGUAGCUGAACUUAGUACUCAAUUGGGUCAUACUGACCAAGCGUUAUUUUGCUAUAAUAGGGCCAUCUCUUCUGAGCAUAAGAAAAGUGCACGAUUCAUCCUUCAAAGAGCCCUUGUAUACAAGGAAAUCAAGCAAUUUGGGCGGGCUUUGGAAGGAUUCCAGCGAGUGAGACAGCAAUAUCCCACUGAUGCUUCUAUUGUGAAAAACUUAGCUGCGGUGUAUGUAGAGCAGAAACGGUUGAACGAUGCUAUCAAUUUGUAUAUGCGCAUUCUCGACAGCAACAUCCAUCCAAAUCCACAGAACAAGCAAAAGUAUCCUAAAUUCACGUGGGCAGAGUUGAACAUUCUCUUGGAGUUGUAUGUUCAACAGCAUUCGUGGCGUGUUGCAAUAAAGGUCACUAGGCUUGCCGCUAGAUGGAUCCAGGGUCGUGAAAAGGAGACAUGGUGGGAUGAGAAUGACGACGACAGCGAAUUCGACCCCAAACGCAGAAAUGAGGUUAUAGACAAGUUGACCGAUACCGCGAAGAAGGCAGAAGCCAAGGAGAAACCCUUUGAGUUGCCCAUCGAUAUCCGCUAUAAGAUUGGAAUCUUACGCCUAGGUUUGGAUCAACGAGAUGAAGCUUUGCAUCAUUUCGAGUUCUUGCUAGACGAACAACUGGAGAUCCCUGACUUGUUGAAAGAGACUGGUAAGGCAUUGGAAGAGAACGGGUACCAUGAGGAAGCCCUUCAAUUCUUGACAAGGGCUAUUUUUCCAGAAGAUACUGGGGAGCAACUUGAACUAGUCAAUCUUCUAGGGAAGUGUUAUUUAGAAAUUGGAGACUACAGUCAAGCCAAGAGUGCCUACACCGACCUUCUUACACAAGAUUCGAAGAAUUUAGACUACAAGUUGGCUCUAGCUGAAGCCCUCUACCAUCUUGGAGAAGAAGUAGAUUCGAAGAAAUUAUUAGUAGAAGUCUCAAAGGAGAGCCACAAGCUGCUCCUGGAUGUAAAUGAUGAACUAGAUAAGUCUGCUGAAGAGAGUUUGUCAUUGAUCAAGUCCCUGAAGUUUAUCAGAUCCAAGACAGCAAAGCUCACAGAUCAAGAGAAACUCGAAAUAGAAAACCAUGCCAAACGAAGAGUGCUAGAGAUCUACAGACGUAUGGAAAGACUCGAAGAGUCUACUAUAAAUGGUGAUGAAGUAGCCAUAAGUGCAUGGAUGCAAUUAGCUUCUCAGUUGGUGGAUAUGUUCAUGAGUGUUCGGAGUUUCUUUCCCCGUGACAAGAAUCGUACUUUCAAGGGUAUUGUUCUCUAUCGUAGAAAGAAGCAGAUGGGCAUUGACGAGAAGUUGGCUAGAGUAUACAACUUGUACGAAGGUAUAACCAAUGACGAGAACUACUCCAGGCAGUUCUUGACUUCCAAGACUGAGUACCGUGGUUUAAACUACGACCAGUGGUUUGUCAUUUUCCUUCAGUAUGUAAUCUAUGUGUCGAAGUUCGAUCACAACACGGAGUAUGCCAACGAAAUUGUAGAAGUUGCAAUGUCUGUCAGUGUCUUUGUUCAGGACAAGAACAAGGAAGCAUUGUUGCGAAUCUUGAAGUUGAAGUUUGGCAUUGAACGCAGCGAGGCUAGUUCCACAGUAACGACAUUUGUCAGGUUUUUCCUUAUAUCCAACCAGUUCUCUCCCUUCGUGUAUAAGUUUUUCAUCUGUUGCUUUGCCUCGGGAAUCAAAUUCUGGGAAACGUUCACCAACUACAACCACCAGAAGUUUUUCUUGCGUCAGUUGAAGGCUCACGACUCUAUUAUCCUCAACAAAAAAAUCACAGGCAUGGCUACGAUCACUGCUGAUUUGAAGGAUACUACACUUCCUAAAGAGCACCCUGACCUUUUGUAUGUGUAUGCUAAUUUGCUAGGAGGGAGCAGAAGUUAUGUCUCCUCAGUUGUGUACUUGAAUCGUGCCUAUAGGCACUACGACAGAGAUCCGAUGAUUUGCUUGGUGUUGGGACUAGCCCAUGUGCACAGGUCUAUGCAGAGACUCAGCUCAAACAGACAUAUCCAACUCUUGCAAGGAAUAAGUUAUGUGUUGGAAUACAGAGAUCACCGAAAACACAAUUCCACCUCCUAUGAGUUGCAGGAGAUCGAGUACAACUUUGGAAGACUCUUCCACAUGUUGGGGUUGAGCUCGUUGGCCGUUAACCAUUACAAUAAGGUUUUGGAGUAUCAUGACGAAUUGUCUGAAGAUCCAACUUAUGAUUUGUCUGUUGAUGCAGCGUACAACUUGACGUUAAUCUACAAUAUUAAUGGUAACACCCAAUUGGCAAGACGCUUGAUGGAGAAGUAUUUGACAGUGUAAUCUAGUAAAAUUGAUGUGUAAAGUAGCAAGGUUGUUGAUUAAUUUUAAUAUCGUAUAGAGACAGCAUAAUAUACUAAAGUACAUUACA